CUCAUUAUUUAAUAUUUUAUUCUUUUUUAUUUUACAUUUCAUUUUUUUAAUCUCAAUUCGGACAGUCUUAGGAGAGUUAGGCACCCAAUAAGCUGAAAAACAAAAAAAAAACAACCUUUCUUACUAUUAUCUGAACAAUUUCCAUUCAAAUCACAAAACCAGAAAUCAAAGAGCUCAAAAGAUCAAAUCUUUUUCUUCACACUCUACGAAUAAAAAUCAAAUUUUUUUCCUUUGGAAAAAAUUUAAAUCAAUUUCUUCACCCUUUGAGCUCUGUUUUUCAAGCUAACUUUGCUUUAAAUAAAAGAGCUUUGAAUAAAACUACUCUUUUGCAGCUAAUUUUUCCUUGUAAUAGUUUCUCUUGUAGUUUUUGUGUUCAAAGCUCAGGAAGCUUGAGUGUUGUAGCUCUUUUUCUCUACAAUUUUUUUCUCCAUCUGGGUUUUCUGUUUCAGGUAUAAUUUCUGGUUCAGUUUUCAAAUUUUGGAAGACUGAGCUAUUUUUCGAGUGAUUUAGAUUAGUAAAGUAAAAAUGGGUUUUUGUUAAAAAGCUCAAAAGAUACAAUUUUUGAGGGUUUAAGGUUAACUAUGGAGGGUAGGGAAGGAGUGAAUAGUAGUGGGGUUACAGUGGUGGCAUCAGAUGCUCCGUCAGACUACCAUGUGGCUCCAAGGUCUGAAAACACAACCCAUAACGCCGGAUCAACACCUCCGGCGCCGGUUGCUCCGCCACCGGCGGCGGCUCUGCCGGCGGCUGCGUCUUUGCCGAUGAAGAAGAAGAGGGGGAGGCCAAGGAAGUACGGACCAGACGGGAGUGUGACCAUGGCGCUUUCACCAAAGCCGAUAUCGUCCUCUGCGCCGCCUCCGGUGAUUGAUUUCUCGGCGGAGAAGCGCGGGAAAGUAAAGCCGACCAGCUCAGUGAGCAAGACCAAGUAUGAGGUGGAGAAUUUAGGUGAAUGGGUUGCAUGCUCUGUCGGUGCUAAUUUUACACCACAUAUCAUCACUGUUAAUUCGGGCGAGGAUGUCAUGAUGAAGAUUAUAUCAUUUUCUCAACAAGGUCCUCGAGCUAUAUGUGUGCUCUCUGCAAAUGGUGUUAUAUCAAGCGUGACACUUCGUCAGCCUGAUUCGUCUGGUGGUACAUUGACAUAUGAGGGGCGUUUUGAGAUACUAUCUUUAUCCGGUUCAUUUAUGCCCAAUGAAACUGGAGGGACAAGAAGCAGAUCAGGUGGGAUGAGCGUUUCUUUGGCAAGUCCAGAUGGGCGUGUUGUAGGUGGUGGUGUAGCUGGUCUGUUGGUAGCUGCAAGUCCUGUGCAGGUUGUAGUAGGCAGUUUUCUGUCAGGAAACCAGCAUGAGCAGAAGCCCAAGAAACAGAAACAUGAUUACAUCUCUAAUGCAACGCCAACUAUGGCUGUUCCUAUUUCUAGUGUUGAUCCAAAACCAAACUUCUCAUCUUCGACUUCCUUCCGUGGAGAUAAUUGGUCUUCAUUGCCAUCGGAUCCGAAAACCAAGACUGACAUUAAUGUAUCUUUGCCUGGAGGUGUAAUCUGAAAGAGCAUCAUGCACUUAUAGUUGCAAUAUGAGGUUUCUGACUGACCACAGUGGCAGAUUAAACUCCCAAGUCCCAGCUGUUGGAUCUCACUUCUCCUUGUUUGUUCUGUAAACUUGUUGACUACUAGUAUCGUCAUGGGGUUUGCCCCCAUUUGAGGUGUUAUUUAAAUUAGCCGCUUAGGUAGGCUUCUAGUGCUGCUUAUGUAGCCGGUUGUGUCCUCUAGAGUAGUUUGAUAAUGUAAUAUUAGCACCAGAAUCCGUCUUUCUUUGGAAUUGAUGUAAUGUGAUUUGGAAGUUGUUUGAGACCUAUUGAUUAACUGUGUC